UUGUUCAGAUUCAACAUGGCGUCCAGGCCAAACAGGACGUUUAUUUUGAGAAGUUUUUCAGCGGUUGUAGAUCUUUUAGUCAUUUUAGUCCUGCUAUGUCUGAGUUCAUGUGUUCGGGCUGAAAUACAAACUGUUGUUAUCGACAAACAGACUGGACAGCUGUCGGUGCUGGAAGGAUAUCAGGAGGAUUUUGUGGCCUGGGGGAACUUCACUGAUGACAUUAAAACAUCAGGCUGGUCUUUCUUGGAGAUCACUACCAAUGGCAAGUACAAUGACAGCAUCCAAGCUUAUGCUGCUGGUGCAGUGGAGGCGGCACUCACAUCUCAGCUCAUCUAUAAGCACUGGAUGAACACUCUAAUGGAUUACUGUGGGCCCUUCACGUCUCAGUCUGGUUACUGCGAGCGCCUGAAGGCUUUCAUCACAGUCAAUCUGCAGUGGGUUCAGGAGCAAAUAGAGACGCAGCCAACUUCAAUCUACUGGUACCAGGUGCGUCUGGCACUGCUGCAGCUGAAAGGUCUGGAGGACAGCUACAACGACGACCUUACAUUUCCCACAGGCUCCUUCUCUCUCAACCCAUUUGGCUUCCUACUUUUCCAACUGGGCGGGGAUCUUGAGGACUUGGAAUCGGCUCUGAAUAAAUCCAGCCAAACUCGGCCACUUGGAUCCGGUUCCUGCUCUGCUCUCAUUAAGCUGCUGCCAAACAACAAGGAGCUGCUGGUGUCACAUGACACCUGGAACAACUACCAGUCCAUGCUGCGCAUCAUGAAGAAAUACAUCUUUGCUUUUAAUGCUUCUCCUUCAGACAAUUUUCCUCUUCCUGGAGGAACUCAGGCGUUCUCAUCUUACCCUGGAUCCAUCUUCUCUGGAGAUGACUUUUAUAUCCUGAGUAGUGGCUUGGUUACACUGGAAACCACAAUUGGCAACAACAACCCUGCUCUCUGGAAGUAUGUUCAGCCCAAAGGAACUGUCAUGGAAUGGCUGAGGAACAUUGUUGCUAAUCGACUAGCUUCUAAUGGCAAGGAGUGGGCAGAGAUAUUCAGCAAGUACAACAGUGGAACAUAUAACAACCAGUGGAUGAUUGUGGACUAUAAACACUUUACUCCAGGAAAGACUGACAUUAAAGAGAAGCUCUUGGUUGUAUUGGAGCAGAUUCCGGGACUCAUUGUUUACACUGAUAAAACUGAGGAACUGCUGAAGAAAGGCUACUGGGCGAGUUACAACAUACCGUACUAUGUGGAAAUAUUUAAUGCCAGUGGCUGCAAUGAGCUCGUUGAGAAGUUUGGCCCCUGGUUCUCUCUGGACCAGAAUCCUCGGGCUCAGAUAUUCAGGAGAAACCAGACAGCUGUCACAGAUGUGGACUCCAUGAUCUGUCUUAUGAGGUAUAAUAACUUUAAGGAAGAUCCACUAUCAAAGUGUGAAGGCUGUAAUCCGCCUGAGAAUGGGGAGAAUGCGAUCUCAGCCCGGUCAGACCUGAACCCAGCUAAUGGAACAUAUCCGUUUGGCGCCUUAAGGCAGAGAUCACAUGGAGGAACAGACAUGAAGAUGACAUCGUAUGAGAUGUUCAGAGACUAUGGCAUGGUGGCAGUGAGUGGGCCGACCUGGGACCAGGUGCCACCCUUCCAGUGGAGCACUUCGCCCUACACAGACCUGCUGCACAUGGGUCACCCUGAUAUUUGGGCAUUCAAGCCUGUGAAAGUCACUUGGACCCCAUAAUUCUUAUCAUACUGUUUAUUCAAGUGACAUUAUAAAUGUUAAUAUCAGCUGUGCUGUUAAAUGUUUUGAAAAAGGGAAAUACAGUAAUCACUGAUUGUCAGGAGAGUGCUGACAAUAUUCUCCACAUGUUGCAGGAUAAUAUAGCUUUGCACUGUUGGCAUAAUGUUUAAGAGAGCUUUGAAUGUGAGACAAUGUGACCAAGAACUGUGAAUUAUUGCUGUUAUAAAGUGGGAGCUUCUGCAUGAAAUUCACAUUAAUUUUUUUAUUUCUUAUGCAAAUUAUGUGAAAUUGUAAAUUACAUGAGUUCUAAUUCCAGUAGCAUACUGUGUUACUGGGUUGUAAAUUAUUCCAAAGGCCUGCACCUAAUGCUAAUAUUGAUUCCGAUGCAGAUUUUCUGUAACAGUUAUGACAAAUGUUCUGAUCACGAAUUCUGCAAUGUAUUUUUUGAAUUUUGUGUUUUUUUUAAUAUUUUGAAAAUAAACAAUGCCCUGAUCAUU